AUGGUGACCCGAGCUGCCCCAGCAGCCCUGAGCAGGAUUAAAGUCCUUGUGGAGAUAUGGAAGAAGUACAAGCACCGGCUGCCGUCAAAGUUAUACCAGGAGCAUAUGUUGCAGAUUGCAGAUUUGCUUUUUGAAGUAAAGUUGUACCAGCUGGCUCUGUGGCAGGGCUACAGUCUCCACCUGUUGGAGUUCAGCGCAGUGAAAAUAACUGAAAUCACAGAUGUGGACCACUUAAUGGCAUGUUUUUUCCCUGAAGGUGUUGAUACAGACCAACAUACCUUCACCAUGAAGAUUCGUGCAAUGCACGGCUGUGCCCUGUGUCUAUUUGAGCAGGAAAAAAAGCACAACAUCCUCAGCCAGAAGGGACUUUGCAAAUUGCUGCGGGUGCUGAACUUCAUUAGGAUCAUAAUGAAGGCUUUUCAGCGACAUGAACACCUCCACUGGCAAAUAUACAAUGGUGCAUUACACAUUUACACCAUCUGCCGUUUCUUGAUGACCAAGAAGUACAGUGCACAGGCACUGGAGUACCUUCUCUGGGCAAGCAUCAGUUUAGAAUUGUCCAUCCCUCUGAUGACAGCUAAGUAUCUGCCGUUUAUCGUCACACUCUACUGUGCCGUGUGCCACUGUUACUAUGACAACCAGGCUGAGGUGCAAGCAGAGAAAUUUGCCAGAAGAGCCCUUGGAAAAAUCAAUGAGUUAGCAAAGCUGGAGUUGCAGAGUCAAGUUCCUGCCACCAGAGAGACUCAGAGAGCUUACAAAGAAGCCUCUAUCAAGGCGCCAUUGCCUUGUACUCCAACAGAGCGCUUACUUCUAGACCUGUUUGACAGCAGGGCAGGACAGUUUUUAGGUAUUUUGGAGGCACUUUGGGACAGCACCACACGGCCACUACAGAUGAGGAUGCCAGAUGACCCAGAAAAGCAGGAGGUGUUCUCGGAACUCCUGUCUGCUGGCAUCAGUAUAUUAUCUGGAGAAAAUAAAGUACCCAUCAUGUCGGCUGUGAGGUUCAUCAAGCUGUCGUUUCAAUACAAACAGCGAGACGUGUUCACUGAAUUUGCCAGAGAAAUGCAGCAGGUUUUGUCAGGUGUGGAAGGGCAGUCCUUCAGGAAGGCAGAGCGAGAACUUGCCUUACUUGACAGUUUCAACGUUCUGCUGUCUUCCCAGAGGAGCCGACCAAGACAGGACAACAUCAAACAUGACAGACCAAAGUCCUCAUUCUUCAAGAGUGAUGAGCUCACCAGUCUGGUAGACGUCUUGCACAAGUCUGUCUGUGGAUCUGCUCUGGAUGUGCAGCCAGAUGGGGACCUGGUUUUGGAUAUUGUGCUAUUUGUGUGGAGUAGGAUGAAGGUGGUGAGGCAGAAGAAUCAGCUGCAAACCUCAAAGUUUGCACACUACCGACAGAAGAGUUCAAGUACAGAGUUGCUUCAGAAGGUGUGUGAGGUGGUGAGGAAGGGUCUUGGAGCUUUGGCAAGGGGUGCAGCUACACUACUGCCCCAAGACUGCUCAGCAGUCACUGAUUCUGCCUUCAUGCAGAAAUGUAGUCUCCUCAAUGCACCAGCUCCUUUCAUAUCUCCAACAUCACCAGAAGAAGAAAAUGAAGAAGAUGAAAUAAGUGUGAAGGAAAAAGAAGAAAUGGAAGCUAAGACAGAAUCAGAUUUUGAAGGCAGUCAGCAGACUCAGUCCACUCGCACGUUUCUGCUUGCCAGAGACCUUCAUUUAGAGUUAGACAUCAUCCACCACAGGGCUUCUCUCAAGUUACUGAUGCUAAAUGCAGUUACCGAGUCUGAACUGCUGAAUCGGAUCAAGAAGAACAAGGUGUCCAAAGCUCUAUUCCUGAUCCAGAAGGCCUUGCUGGUGUUCAGUAACAUGGAGCCAAAUAGCAGCAGCAAAACCGAAAGUCUACUAAAGGAGGCUUCCACCUUAAUAGAAAAAGCAGGGAUGGAGGAGAGAAGAGUGUAUAUGUCCACCAUUCCCAGGACUCCAGCUAAAAGUAAAGACAAAGUAAUGAAGGUGGAGAAAAAUCCUCCCCCUCCUCCGAUCCUACUCUCUCGCACUGACCACUCCUUCACCUUUGUCCCAGCGCCUUAUAACUUGGAGGAACAAGUGUGCUGGUACCAGCUUUGCGGUCGAGUAGCUGAGGGCUGGAACUUGAAAGUCCGCCUAGGAGACUUCAGCCUGCCAGGAACUGGACAUAUGGUACCAGCAGUAUAUGGAGAGUGUGUGCUGAGGGUGGAAGGGCUGGAGCCCAACCAGAAGUAUGUGUUUGCUGUUGCAGCCUACAACAGUGAGGGCGAGCUACUGGGCAGUACUAUAGGGGGGACAACAUUACCACUGCUGGCAUCCCUGCCCGUACCUCUCCUCUCUGCAUGGGCUCACUUGGCUCAGUUGUUCCUCACUUCCAUCUUCAUUGAGACAGAGAUCAACAUACACCAGGGAUCGCUCUAUUGUGACUCACUGAGUGACAAUGGACCAUUCAUCUGGGAACAGGAAGCCAGACUGGCAGAAUGCGAGCGCAUGCUGGUGGCCGUGGACUUGGCGAUGUGUUUGAAUGAUGGUAGUGGUGCUGUGCAAGCUGUAGUUAGUUGCUAUGGCCUCUUGGCACCCCUGAUCUUCCAUCAGAUCACUUGUGACCCUGUGGUACAAACUUUACGUGUGCUCGGGAAGCAUCAGAUGGCUGAUGUGUUCAUGGACUUGGGUCACAAGCUGCUCCAGGAGGUCUGUGACGCCCAGCAGCAAAUAAAGAUUCCAUCGCCAUUGACUGGCUGCAAGGAUCCCACCAUACUGUAUGAUCUGAUCUUCAGCAGCACAUUAACAGAUGCUUAUCAAGAAGUGAUUAAGCUCAGGAACAUGGAGUAUUUUACUGAAUUUGCAGCACUACUACUCCAAAGAACCACGGAAGAAGGCCACGUCGACCUUGUGUUGAACUGGGGACAAACUAUGUUUGAAUUACUUUCCAGGGAGAUGCAGGCUGUGGAGAACCUGCUAGCCAUGAUGUCGUCUAUGGUGCAGCGGCAGAAGAAGCAGCUUCAGCUGAGGAGCAUGUGCUGUGGAGAGAGAGUGUGGAGAACUCACCUGAACUACCUCAUGGCUCAGGCACAUAUAGCAGUGUUUUAUCAAGGUCUGGACCAGAUCCAUGGAGGAGCCCUGCAGCACAGGUACAGCCAGUUUAAUCCCUUGGUGUUUUCUCUGGCCUACUCUGGCACCCUGGUGCAGAGGAAUUCGCACAAACAGCAGUCUUCUAAACAUGAGGUUGUCUUGGAGAGCAACUCCUCACACUCUGGUGUCCAGGAUUAUGUGACAAAUGCACACAAAGACUGGAACAAAAAGGAGGCAGUCCAAGUUGAAGACUGUACCACAGAGGAGAGCUGUGAGGAGGGAGAAGGCUGCUCUCUAACUGUGGAAAAGCAAAUGGAGACACAGCGAUGCACUGCUGCCUUUCUCUUGGAAUCCCUUAACAAAGCUGCUGUACAUCUUCGGAGAGCCAUGGUGUUAGCCCAUCGUGGCGGCCACUGGACCACUUUGCAGUAUGUGUGUCAGACUAUGUGGGACCAAAGUUGCAGAAUCACUGUCCUAGUCCAGAUGGAUGCGCAGCCUGAAACUCCCUCCCCCAUCACAGCAGACCAGCUGCACACCAUCUUCACUCCGCUACUGAUGCUGGCUGCUGACCUCAUUAUGGAUAUGUUGAACAAACUAGGGCUGUGGAGUUUGUAUGACAGUGACUUGACCGAGGAGGAACUUGAGUCCAGUCUCCACUUCACAGCGCCACUAGACGACAGCACCCAGGUGGACAUGCGUUGGAUUCGCACAUUGGUGUUGCACACUCUGGAGCAGCUCCAUGAUAGUGGCAAAUGGGAAAACCUCGCCCACUUUGCCUUACUUUUCAACUCAUACACACGGGAACGUUACUCCUUGAUUGUAACUCCUCUGCUAGUUCAUGCUCAGAGAAGACUGCUUGAAAGAAUUGGUACUUUCGGGGGACCUGCAGUCCCACAACCACACCAUGUCAAGACACUGAAGGCCACUGGCAAGGAGCCUUCUGAUCUGUCUGAGGAGGACUACAGUACUCCAAAUGCCAUCUACAGCCUUCCUAUCAGCCCUGACCACAUGCCGACUGUCACUGCUUCAUACUCCAUUUCCAUAGAGUAUCUCCAGGCUAACAGUCAUGACUCUCUAAGAGCUUUGGCACUGCAUGAAAUGGGAAACCUGCAGUUCUACAAUGGAAACACACGGUAUAUCUUAACUUCUGAUAUCAGUCAGCGGACCAAGUGCUGUCUCCUAUCUGCUCACCUCUUUAAGGCCGACCUCCAGUAUGUGUCCCACAGCAUUGGAGAUGAACUGCUCUCUGGAGUUGACCUUUUUUCUGAGCCCCACAGGGCUCCCCUUGGCGCCACUGUAACAAGUCUUAACUUUGUUUGCCACUGGCUUUUCACCACAGGCUACUACAUUACGAUGCGUGUCCUUACUGAACUGUGUCUGUUCACUGAAGCUAUGAAGGAGGCAGUUCAACUCACACAAGGAAUAGGUGUCCUUCUGCCAUAUGGACAUUACAUCUCCAAAGCCAGUCUCCAACCUGUGAAGACGUUCUACAGCAACAAAUCUCUAUUGGACAAUGUGGAGGUUUUGGAAGAACUUGUGAACUGUGAUUUGGCUCCAGAGGUCCAGACUCUGUAUGGACCCACACUGUGUGUCAGAUUCAACCUAGCUCGUAUUCAACUAGUCCUGGCACUGGCAGACUCCGUACAUGGCCGUCCUAUGCCAGGUCUGUAUGCUGUAUUGCUGCAGACAUCACCUGUGAUUGUAAGAGGAUCCAUACCUGGUUCUCAGAAACACGUACAGGAGUUAUCACAUGUCCGGGCUGGAAGUGAACAGGACACGAAAGAUAACAGUGUGUCAGACACCCUGAAUGGAGACUGUCCCAGAACUGUUGAGUCCAGUGAGAGAAUUGGAGUAUCUCUGUGGCUGCGCUGCCGCUUUGCUCUAGUCCACAGCCUGACUGCUGAUGUACCUGGCACUGCUGCUCUUUUCCCAGGUAAGAACAUGAAUGAGGAGGUAGCUCGGGUGUUGCAGGAGGGACUUGAUGAAUGUGUGCUAUGGGGAGACCAUGAUAUUCAAGCCCGACUGAUGGUCGAAGGUGCGCAAUUGGAAGCAUCAAGAGGCAAGACUGAUGACAGCAUGGCAAUGCUGCAGCGUCUGAAGCUAGGACAAGCAGGAAAGUCCCCAAGAAGGUUUUUGGAAACAGACUAUGUCAUGAUCACAGUCAGUCUGUCAGCAAGUGCAACAACAGAGCAGCAGGUCUUUGUCUGCCGUUGA